GAAAAGCGGAUGCCCCAAAUGUAUCAGGUGGUCACACCGUCCGAGAAGGACGCAGAGGGGAUUGCUAUCUCUUCUGAUAAGAAAGAGACGGAGAGAGAGACAAAGAGAGCAAGACACUGCCCCUAAGCUUGAGAACACUGACAUAGACACAGCACACACAAACGCACUUUCAACACACACACACAGAUAUAAAUACUGACAGAGACCUGCUGACCCAUCGAAAGGCAGAACAGGGAAGAAGUGGAACCAAUUGAAAAGAGAAUCGGGGCAUCUGAGUAAAAAAACAGAGGGAUGGACCGGGAUGUGAAGAAGGAAAAAGAAGGGAAUGAGAGAGAGAAGGACAUAGAGGCCAUGGUUGCUUGUUACCAAGGCUUUGACCCGGUAGCAUAUUUGCAGUAUAACUACACGCCGCCACGGGCGGACUUUGACCGGCCAGACAGCAUUGUGCCCUGGAAACUAGGAUGCCUGCACAGAGCUUUUACAGAGGGUGACGUGGGGGGUAAGGUGCUGGUGGACGUGGGUUCCGGACCCACUAUAUACCAAGUGUUGAGCGGCUGCGAAGUGUUCGACACGCUCUUCCUCACGGACUUCCUGGAGGUGAACAGGCAGGAGCUGAGGCGCUGGCUGGGGGGCGAGGGCUGCAGCAGCCUGGACUGGACCCCCUAUCUGCAGCAUGUCUGCAAACUGGAGGGCCGAAGCCCUUCAGCGUGGAGCGAGAAAGCAGCUCGUCUGCGCUCGGUUGUCUCCGACAUUCUUCCAAUCGAUGUACACCGCUCCAGCCCCCUCCAAUCCAGUGCAAAGCUCCCAGGAGCAGGUGCCGACUGCCUGGUCUCCUGCUUCUGCCUGGAGAGUGUCAGCCCAGACCUGACCUUCUUCAACCGGGCCCUGGGCCACAUUGGGGGCCUCCUCCGACCUGGGGGCCACCUGCUCCUCAUUGGAGCUCUGGGUGAGAGCUACUACAUGGGCGGGCGCGGCGUGCGAAUCCCUGUGGUGCCCCUGGAUGAGGCUCAGGUGUGUGCCAGCUUGAAGGCCUGCGGGUACACGUUGGUGAGGCUGGAGGUGUACACGCUACCCCAGGACAUGAGGGUCGGGGUGGAUGAUGUGACGGGGGUGUUCUUUGUGAAGGCCAGAAAGCCAUAGAAGAGGAGGAAGAGGAGAGACAGAGGCUUUAGGAGGGAGAGGUGGGUUAAGGUGGAAGAGAAGGAGAGCCAUA